CACUCGCUCCUCCCUCCCUGCAGCUGCUGGGCUGGCAAACAUUACUGCCCUCUGUGCCUUGCCUCUUUCCUUCUCCUUCCCGUGAAAACCACUGUGAGGCCCCGAGUCUCCCUGUCUUCUGCUGUCACCCUCCUGGUGUCAACGUUCCAGCGUCACUCUCCCGGCUCAGAGCAGCAGGUCUUAGCAGGAUGGCCAAUCCAGACCCCUAUCUGCGUCAGCCCUGGCUCACAGUGCAUGGCAUCGCCAUGGUCAAUGCCUUCGCCCACAACUGGGAACGUGUGGACACCUUCCAGAGCCGCCCUGAGGACAUCGUGGUGGUCACCUUCCCCAAGUCUGGCACCACUUGGGUCAGCGAGAUUGUGGACAUGAUCCUGCAAGGCGGAGAUCCUGAGAAGUGCAAGCGGGACAUUAUCAGCCACAGAGUGCCUAUGCUGGAGUUCUCUGCCCAUGGAAAGAUGGCAGCAGGAACAGACCUGCUGGCCACCAUGCCCUCACCCCGCGUGGUAAAGACUCAUCUGCCAGCACAUAUACUGCCCAAAUCCUUCUGGGAAAACCAUUGCAAGAUGAUCUAUGUGGGGCGCAAUGCCAAGGAUGUGGCUGUCUCCUACUACCACUUUGACUUGAUGAACAAGUUGCAGCCGCACCCAGGGACAUGGGCCCAGUACCUGGAGGAGUUCAUGGCUGGCAGAGUGGCAUAUGGUUCCUGGUACGACCACGUCAAGGACUACUGGGAGCGCAGGAAGGAUCACCCCAUUCUCUACCUCUUCUACGAGGAUUUGAAGGAGGACCUCCGUCGGGAGAUUGCCAAGGUGGCCCAGUUCCUGGGGCAGAAGCUGUCGGAGGCAGCGCUGGACACCAUCACCCGACACACUUCCUUUGAGGCCAUGCGGGACAACCCUGCUACCAACUACAGCAAGGUGCCCUCCGACCUCAUGGACCACGGCGUGUCCCCCUUCAUGCGCAAAGGCACCACCGGAGACUGGAAGAACCACUUCACCGUGGCCCAGAACGAGCGCUUUGACCAGGACUAUGCGCAGAAGAUGUCGGACACCGACCUGUGCUUCCGCACUCAGCUCUGAGGAGGCACCGCUGCACACCCCCCAAAUCUGUCCUGUGCUGUGAUGGCACUGCUGCCGUUCCUUCUUCUCCCCUGAGACUGCUGGAGAGAAAU